ACACACACACAUUUUUCCCCUGGACUUGGAAAGUCACCCAAAGCCGCCCCAAGUGCAGGAUGAAGUGACACCCCAAGCGGUUGCGAGGAGCCUCGAGGAUCCAGUACAAGAGUUUGGGACCAAAGAGAGGAGAAUGGAUCUCGGCACAGCUGAAAGCACCCAGUGCUCCGACCCGCCUGCAGGCAAGCCCGCGAUGGCCACCAAGCGCAAAGGUGGCCUGAAGCUCAAUGCCAUCUGUGCCAAGCUGAGCCGCCAGGUGGUGGUGGAGAAGGGAGCAGAGGCCGGCACCCACACCGAGGGCAACCCACUUCGGCCUCGGGACAAGGAGCGCAGUGGCCCUGAGGCGGGGGUCGUCCGAGCCCCGCGCAGUGAAGAGGACAAGAGGCGAGCAGUGAUCGAGAAGUGGGUCAACGGGGAGUACAGCGAGGAGCCGGCACCUCCCCCUGUGCUGGGGCGGAUUGCCCGAGAAGGCCAGGAGCAGCCCCCUGAGGGCGUCUAUAUGGUGCAGCCCCAGGGCUGCAGUGAUGAGGAGGACCAUGGGGAAGAGCCUGCCAAGGGCGGCAGUGGCCUGGAGGGGAAGAACUCAGACCGGGCAGCUGCCAAGGACAACAGUGGCCCCAAUGCCAAGCAGACUUCGGGCGCAGGCGAGGCCUCCUCCCUGCGGGACUACGCGGCGUCCACGGUGACGGAGCUCCUGGGCAUGUUCGGCUACGGCGACCAGGGCACCCAGGACGAGCUGGCGCGGAAGAUCAGCUUCGAGGGGGCCGGCCCGCCGGCGCUGCCCCCCGCCGAGGACGCCCUGAGCAAGCGCGCGCGCUUCUCCAAGUACGAGGAGUACAUCCGCAAGCUCAAGGCCGGGGAGCAGCUCUCGUGGCCGGCGGCGGCCAAGGCCGAGGAGCGCACGGCCAAGGAGCUGCUGGGCCCCCUGCCCGGCCUGCGGCUGCCCGGCAGCACGGCCCACCUGGAGACCAAGGCCACCAUCCUGCCCCUGCCCUCGCACAGCAGCGUCCAGAUGCAGGGCCUGGUCGCCCGCGCCUCCAAGUACGACUUCUACAUCCAGAAGCUGAAGACGGGCGAGAGCCUGCGGCCCCAGAACGGAAGCACGGCCUACAAGAAGCCGUCCAAGUACGACCUGGAGAACGUCAAGUACCUGCACCUCUUUAAGCCCGGGGAGGGCAGCCCCGACAUGGGCGGAGCCAUCGCCUUCAAGACGGGCAAGGUGGGGCGCCCUUCCAAGUACGACGUGCGGGGCGUCCAGAAGCUGGGCCCCGCCAAGGUCCCGCCUGCCCCCAGCCUGGCCCCUGCACCCCUCGCCAGCGUCCCCAGCGCCGCUGGGCCUGCGCCCGAGACGGCCACCUCCCUGCCUUUCAACACGCCGGACUACCUGAAGUCCACCUUCUCCAAAACGGACUCCAUCACCACUGGAACCGUCUCCACCGUCAAGAACGGAUUGCCCACAGACAAACCAGCUGUCACCGAAGAUGUAAACAUUUACCAGAAAUAUAUUGCCAGGUUCUCGGGCAGUCAGCACUGUGGCCACAUACACUGCGCCUACCAGUACCGUGAACACUACCACUGCCUGGACCCUGAAUGCAACUAUCAGCGCUUCACCAGUAAGCAGGAUGUGAUCCGACACUACAACAUGCACAAGAAGCGGGACAACUCCCUGCAGCACGGCUUCAUGCGCUUCAGCCCCCUGGACGACUGCAGUGUCUACUACCACGGCUGCCACCUCAACGGGAAGAGCACGCACUACCACUGCAUGCAGGUGGGCUGUAACAAGGUAUACACCAGCACCUCAGACGUCAUGACCCACGAGAACUUCCACAAGAAGAACACCCAGCUGAUCAACGACGGCUUCCAGCGCUUCCGGGCCACCGAGGACUGCGGGGCGGCCGACUGCCAGUUCUACGGACAGAAGACCACCCAUUUCCACUGCAGGCGCCCCGGCUGCACGUUCACCUUCAAGAACAAGUGUGACAUCGAGAAGCACAAGAGCUACCACAUCAAGGAUGACGCUUACGCCAAGGACGGCUUCAAGAAGUUCUACAAGUACGAGGAGUGCAAGUACGAGGGCUGCGUGUACAGCAAGGCCACCAACCACUUCCACUGCAUCCGCGCCGGCUGCGGCUUCACCUUCACCUCCACCAGCCAGAUGACCUCCCACAAGCGCAAACACGAGCGCAGGCACAUCCGGGCGUCCGGCGUGCUGGGGCUGCCACCCUCGCUGCUGGGCGCCAAGGACACGGAGCAGGAGGAGUCCAGCAACGACGAUCUCAUCGACUUCUCCGCCCUGAGCAGCAAGAACUCCAGCCUGAGCGCCUCGCCCACCAGCCAGCAGUCCUCCGCCUCCCUGGCCGCCGCCGUGGCCACCGCCACCGCCACCGCCACCGAGCCCAUGCCCACCGGGCCUGCCAAGCCUCCCAACAGCAAGAUGUCCGGGCUGCUGUCCCAGGGCCUGCCUGGCUCCAUCCCCCUGGCCCUGGCCCUCUCCAACUCCGGGCUCCCCACACCCGCGCCCUUUUUCCCCAUCCUCCCGGGCCGUGGGGGCACCUCCCUGCCUGUGGGGGCAUCUAGCCUCAUGGGAGCCAUGUCCUCGGGGGCCGCGGCCUCGGCCACCCCUGACGCAGCAGCUCUGGCCGGCGUGGGGACAGGCGACGUGGCCCCCGCCACCACCGCCUCCGUGCCCACACCCCCCGCCUCCCUCAUGGAGAGGAUCUCCGCCAGCAAGGGCCUCAUCUCGCCCAUGAUGGCCAGGUUGGCCGCGGCCGCGCUCAAGCCCGCUGCCGCCUUCGACCCAGGAAGCGGGCAGCAGGCCGCCCCAGCCAGGUUCCCCCAGGCCCAGGUGAAGUCGGAGCUGGGUGAGAGUGCCGGCGCCCCAGGCCCCCAGGAGGCCACGCAAGACCGCAGUGUAGACCUGACCGCAAAGGAGUCCAGUGAUGAAUCAAAUGGCCACGCAGUCCCGACAAAUUCAUCUCUUUUAUCCUCGCUUAUGAAUAAGAUGUCCCAGGGCAACCCCAGCCUGGGCAGUCUGCUCAACACCAAGACGGAGGCCGAGGGUGGACCGGCCACAGAGGCCUCUCCCUUCCUGGGCAGGGCGGUGAAGGCCCUGGUCCACGAGCAGCUGGCAGAGCCCUGGAAGGUGUACCUGCGCAGGUUUGGCACCAAGGACUUCUGCGUGGCCCAGUGUGACUUCCUCCACAAAGCCCACUUCCACUGCGUGGUGGAGGAGUGCGGCGCACUCUUCAGCACCCUGGACGGGGCCAUCAAGCACGCCAACUUCCACUUCCGGACAGAGGGAGGAGCGGUGAAGGGCAAUGCAGAGCCUGCCUUCCCUGUCUCGGCCGAGACCAAACCUUGCCUGGCCCCCUCGUCCCCGCCAGCACCACCCGUGAGCUCGGCCACGGCGUCCUCUCUGGAGGGGCCGGCCCCCAGCCCCGCCUUGGUGCCGUCCACCCCGACCCUCCUCGCCUGGAAGCAGCUGGCUUCCGCCAUCCCCCAGAUGCCUCAGAUCCCAGCGUCUGUGCCUCACCUGCCCGCUUCGCCCUUGGCGACGACUUCUCUAGAAAACGCCAAGCCCCAGGUCAAACCCGGAUUCCUCCAGUUCCAGGAGAAGUGAGUCCCUCCAUGAGCCGGGAUCCCGCGUCCUCGCGUGUCUCGGGCAUAGGUGCUAGCAGGGGGCAGCCCAGGCCCUCCCCCGGCCCGCAGCGUGGUGCUGGCCGCCUCACCAGCCAGUGUCCUUCUAGCCCAAGAUGCUGCUGCUCAGACCUCAGUGCCUGUCCCCGGAGCAGACCGGGGCGAUGGUGGUGGUAGCGGCUACGGUGAAAGGGGUGGGGCUGGAGGGUCUCGGAGGACGAGGCCCCCUCCCUGGUCAGGAGUCCCGAGUCUCCUGCUAGGCCUCCUCGGUGGCCCGUGCCCGUGGCUGAGUGCUUACAGGGCACAAGCAGUCACCGGUGAGGCGAGGGACUAGGCCAACCCGGCGUGGAGCUCUGGCCCCUGGCAUAGAAGGGACUUCUCACUGGUUGGUGGUGGCUCCCGGCGGCGAGAAUGGGGACUUUGUAUCAUCCUGUGUGCACAGCGGCUUCCUGUUCUCA